AUGGAAGCAAUUGCUAGGGCCACAACAGUGCCAUGGUUUCAUGCAGAGAUGAGAAAGAUGUUGCAGUUGUCUAAACCUGCACAUGAUUGGCUUGUAGAGAAAGAUCCUAGGCAUUGGAGUAGAGCAUAUUUCAAGAGUGAUUCCAAGUGUGACAUGCUUAUGAACAAUCUAUGUGAGACAUUCAACAAUAGCAUAAUGGAUGCCAGAGACAAGCCUGUUUUGACUAUGCUAGAAAGAAUUCGGUUAUAUAUAAUGUUGUUGAUGGCUGGAAGAAGGGUUUUCUAUGAGAAAUUGCGUGGACAAGUUGAGCCAAGAAUUAGAAAGAUAUUAGAGAAAAACAAAGGAAAAGCUCAGUGGUGUAUUCCUAAGGCUGUUGGAUAG